CAUUGCUUAGUACAGAGAAAUUUGUAAACAAACAAUCUCUUGAAAACAAUUUCCAGUGAUCGAUUCGACCCUUUUUGAUUAAAUAAUCCUGAUCACAAUGAAAAUUUAUUAAUUUCUUAUUAAAAAAAAUUAAGAUAUAUGAUGAUUUUAAGAGUUUAUAUUACUAUUAACAUUUUUAACGCUCACUAUAUUCAUUUUUGAAAGAAUUUAACACUUUCUCGUUGAAGUUAUGUUAAGUAAAACCUUGUUUUAUUCUUUAAAUAUUUUUUGCAAUGGUAGAAGACGUUUCAGGUAUCCAGCAUUCAUAAGAGCUCAGAAUUUUUGUAACAGCAGCCAGAACAACAGAAAAUUAUUUGAUUACUUGAGUAUGAAAAUAGAAGCAACAGGGCCAAUGACUGUAGCAGAUUACAUGAAAGAAGUUUUAAUUUCUCCUGUCUCAGGCUAUUAUAUGAAAAGGGAUGUUUUUGGAAGCAAAGGAGAUUUCAUUACUUCACCUGAAAUUUCUCAAAUAUUUGGUGAACUCAUUGGUGUGUGGUUUUAUAAUGAAUGGUACAAGAUUGGAAAACCACAACCUUUACAGCUCAUUGAAUUUGGUCCAGGUCGGGGCACACUGACUGAUGAUGUUCUCAGAGUUUUCACCCGGCUGACUACUUCAAAUGUUAGUUUGAGUGUUCAUUUUAUUGAGGCUAGUCCAUAUCUUUGUAAUGUUCAAAGAUCAAAGCUUUGUCCAAACGUAGAAGUCUCAGAAGAGGAUGGUCUUCAUAACAAAACUUUGGAAACAAAGUAUAAAGUACCCUUGACAUGGCAUCAUCACUUAGAAAGUGUUCCGGAAGGAUUUUCAUUGUUUUUAGCUCAUGAGUUCUUUGAUGCUCUCCCUAUACAUAAAUUUCAGAAAACAGAAAAUGGUUGGCGAGAAAUCUUAAUAGAUGUAAAGGAAGGAGAAUUUCAAUAUGUGAUGUCACGCAUGGAGACUCCUGCUUCCAAACUUUUGAUUUCUGAAAAUGAAGAAAGAGAUCACAUGGAAAUUUCUCCAGAUUCUGGUAUUCUGUUAGACAGGAUUCUAAAAAGAAUGGAAGAAGAUGGGGGAAUAACUUUAAUUAUUGAUUAUGGUCACGAAGGAACAAAAACUGAUACAUUUAGGAGUUUUAAAAAUCACAAACUGCAUGAUCCAUUGAAGUGUUCUGGAGAAGCAGAUUUGACUGCUGAUGUGGAUUUUGCAUUUUUAACUGAACAUGCUUGUGAAAAAGCUGUUGUAUAUGGUCCUGUAAAACAAGCAGAUUUUCUCCACAAUAUGGGUAUAGAAAUUCGAUUAAAGAAAUUAAUAGAAAAUGCCUCUAAUGAAACUGUAAAGUCCUUAAAGUCUGGAUAUGAAAUGCUCACCAUGCCAGAUCAAAUGGGUGAACGAUUCAAGUUUCUUGCCUUAUAUCCUUUAGUCUUGAAAGAAUUUCUUUGUAAACAUCCCCCACCUGGAUUUUGAUAAUAAAUAUUUUUAAGUAUA